AUGUCAGAGACUGAGUUGGAAAAGAUAAAAGUAAGACCAGCAGAGCAUUUUGAAAAUGACAAAAAUAACAUUGCUUGGUUAAAGGAAGAUAUGCAACUCAGAAAUGAAAAGCAUACAGACGAGAAAACUAUUAAUGCUAUCGUUAUAAAUUCAGUAUCCGAAUUCAAUAUCACAGAUGGACCAGCCCAGGAAACCUCCAAUGAGAAAAGCCUGUCAGGAUCGAGCUCUUCACUCUCUUCCCUCGAAGAAUGUCAAACGAAAUUUCCCUACCUCCAAACUAAUACUUCAGCUCAUCGGAGAGAUGCUGAUGAGGAGUGUGCCUCCCUGAUCCUCGCCUGUCUCUUCUGCCAGUUCUUGGACUGCCUCCUCAUGCUCCCCGACACGUGUGAAACCGUCUGCAUCAACCUAUGCUGCCCCUCUCACAGGUACUACUCCGCCUCAGACGAGAGCCAUCCUCGCAAUGAUUGCAACUUGUCCUGUGACAUGGACUGUAGCCUCUUUGAAUCCUGCCAUGAGACCAGCGAGUGCUUGGAGCUGGCCAUGGAGAUAUCGGAAAUCUGUUACCGAUAG